CCCUCGACAUUCUGUAAAUGGAACCAGUCCAAAAACAGCUAGACAGAAGGUGAUGAAAAAUUCAUGACAAUAAAAAUAGGCCAUUGUUCACUUGUGUAUAAUUUCAUUUUCAACAUCAUCCUUUUGAUUGAGAAAGGAUUUAUAUUUUGUCAGACAUUAUGCAGAUAGUAAUUUCACCAUUUGUAAUGCCUGUUCAGACAAUUUCAGUUCGAAACGAAAUGGAGAGAUAUUUCGACGCCAUAAGUUAUUUCAUUACGAAAUAUGACGUUUUGAAAUUGAACAGAAUCCUAGGAUUAUUGGUUUUCGUCAUACCCACUUAUUUAGCAGUGACUAUAGCCAUGAUCCUUACUGGUCUGACUGGUAUCAUUACAACUUUAGUUUUUGCCGCAGGAAAAAUUGCUUCUGGACAUUUGAAAUUGAAAUCUUCGAAUGAACUUGAAUUCUCAAAAGAAAAAUAUUCAACGAAAUAUGAACAUGAUGAGUGUAAUAUUUGUAAAGUAUGUACGAAUAAUAAUAACGUUUUGAAUGUCACGAAAAAAUGAAGCCUUUCCUGUCCAUUCCUUGGCAGGCUUGACAAAAUUGUCUUUUCAUAUCCCGUUGUAUUAAAAACCAUCUGUCAUUUUUAGUAUUGUAUCUAUUUAUUCUGUAUUUUAUCAUAACUUUAGUCUGAUGUAUCAUUAUGCAAUAAAGUUUAUGCGUGUGUUUUUCAUAUUCUUA